CUUUUCCAAGUCUUCCCCACUGAUGAGGUAGCCAAGAAGACUUGGAAGAAAUUAUGAGUGCCCCAACUGUUGAGAAAGUGCCUUCCAAUAACCAUCCCGGUGUUAUAUAUAUGCAUGCCUAUUACCACUGCUAAACUCACCAAUAUCAUUCUAAUUCUCAUAUUCAGUGGAUUCAUUUCAUCGAUCACUUUGCCUUUGUGAUCAUAACCACCAAAAUGCCAACCAUUAAUCCAGUUCGUUUCAAAUUCAUGCAAGCCAUAAUAACAUUUAUGAUGAUGAUGUUGCAGGUUCUUGUUUCUGCUCAAGACCAUAUUAUGUGCAUUCAGACUGAGAGGGAAGCACUCCUCCAAUUCAAGGCUGCCCUUGUGGAUCGCUAUGGCAUGCUCUCUUCUUGGACCACUUCUGAUUGCUGCAAAUGGGAAGGGAUUCGCUGCAGCAACCUCACCGGCCAUGUUCUAAUGCUCGACCUUCAUGGUGAUCUGUUUAAUGAUGUCCCGCAACGUUAUAUGAGAGGAGAGAUCCACAAGUCGUUGAUGGAGUUGCAACAAUUAAACUAUUUAAACCUCAGUUGGAAUUCUUUUCAAGGCAGAGGAACCCUGGAGUUUCUUUCUUCUCUCAGCAACUUGAGAUACCUUGAUUUGUCAUAUUCUGAUUUUGGCGGAAAAAUUCCAACUCAGUUUGGCUCUCUUUCUAAUUUGAAAUACUUAGAUCUUGCUUGGAAUUCUCUGGAGGGUUCAAUCCCACGUCAAAUUGGAAAUCUCUCCCAGUUGCAGCAUCUUGAUCUCAGAUUCAAUUCUUUUGAAGGAAAUAUACCCUCUCAAAUUGGAAAUCUCUCCCAGUUGCAGCAUCUUGAUCUCAGCUACAAUUCUUUUGAAGGAAGUAUACCCUCUCAAAUUGGAAAUCUCUCCCAGUUGCAGCAUCUUGAUCUCAGCCGCAAUCAAUUUGAAGGAAAUAUACCCUCUCAAAUUGGAAAUCUCUCCCAGUUGCAGCAUCUUGAUCUCAGCUACAAUUCUUUUGAAGGAAGUAUACCGUCCCAACUUGGGAACCUUUCAAAUUUGCAGAACCUUUAUCUUGGAGGAUCAUAUUAUGAGAGUGGUGCUCUCAAAAUUGACGAUGGAGAUCAUUGGGUGUCUAAUCUCAUUUCUUUAACCCAUCUUUCCUUGGCCUUCAUAUCUAAUCUCAACACUUCUCAUAGCUUCCUCCAAAUGAUUGCCAAGCUACCAACACUUAGAGAACUGAGUUUAAGUGAAUGUAGCCUUUCCGAUCAGUUUAUCCUUUCAUUGAGGCCCUCCAAAUUCAAUUUUUCUAGUUCCCUUUCCAUCCUUGAUCAUUCCUCGAACAGCUUCACGUCAUCAAUGAUACUCCAGUGGCUGUCCAACGUCACUUCCAACCUUGUUGAGCUUGACCUUAGUUAUAACCUCUUGGAGGGUUCCACAUCAUCAAAUCAUUUUGGCAUUGUCUUGAAUUCACUUCAGCACCUUGACCUUAGUCAUAACCUCUUGGAGGGUUCCACAUCAAACCAUUUUGGCCGUGUAAUGAAUUCUCUUGAGCACCUCGACCUCUCAUAUAAUAUAUUCAAGGGUGAGGAUUUCAAAUCCUUCGCGAAUAUAUGCACCUUACAUUCUUUAUACAUGCCAGCAAACCUUUUGAGUGAAGACCUUCCAUCAAUCCUUCAUAAUUUGUCUAGUGGUUGUGUUAAACACUCAUUACAAGAAUUGGAUUUUAAAUCUAAUCAAAUCACUGGCUCUUUACCCGACCUUUCAGUAUUCUCAUCUCUAAGAUCAUUGUUUCUUGAUGGAAAUAAAUUAAGUGGAAAAAUACCUGAAGGCAUCCGCUUACCAUUUCAUUUGGAAUUUCUGUCAAUCGGAUCAAACUCUUUAGAAGGUGGAAUUCCCAAAUCAUUUGGGAACUCAUGUGCUUUGAGAUCACUGGAUAUGUUUGGUAACAAUUUGAAUAAAGAGCUUUCGGUGAUAAUUCAUCAAUUGUCUGGGUGUGCCAGAUUCUCGCUGCAAGAAUUGAACAUAAGAGGAAAUCAAAUCAAUGGUACGCUUUCUGACCUUUCAAUAUUCUCUGCCUUGAAAACAUUGGAUCUUUCACGAAAUCAAUUAAAUGGAAAAAUUCCAGAGAGUACCAAAUUGCCAUCUCUGUUGGAGUCUUUGUCAAUUGGAUCAAACUCUUUAGAAGGUGGAAUUCCCAAAUCAUUUGGGAAUGCAUGUGCUUUGCGCUCAUUGGACAUGUCUAAUAAUAGCUUGAGUGAAGAGUUUCCAAUGAUAAUCCAUCACUUGUCUGGAUGUGCUAGAUAUUCAUUGGAACAAUUAUCUCUAAGCAUGAAUCAAAUCAACGGCACACUACCCGACCUCUCAAUAUUCUCAUCUUUAAGAGAAUUAAAUCUUUAUGGAAACAAGCUAAAUGGAGAGAUUCCUAAAGAUAUUAAAUUUCCACCUCAACUGGGGCAACUAGAUCUGCAAUCAAAUUCCUUGAAGGGUGUGCUCACUGACUAUCAUUUCGCUAAUAUGUCUAAGUUAUACGACUUGGAGUUAUCUGACAACUCUUUAGUGACCUUGGCAUUUAGCCAAAAUUGGGUCCCACCAUUUCAGUUGAGCGACAUAGGAAUUGGUGAAGUGAGAAUAUGUAUGUACGAGGCACAACGUGUUCCAUGUAACAAAUUAAAACCAUAAAAGAAGCAAAUGGGGGUGAACAAUACUACUACUAUACUAAUACCCGCUUAGUGUGUGAACAAAUGAAUGAUUGAUUAAGAAUACACACACAAAAAAAAU